AUCACAACCAUUUCGCAACGGGGCCAAUCCCUGAGGAAGAGGAUUCAGACAACGAGAAACGCAGUGCUGCACUUGAUGCCCCGGAAGAAUCCGAAGAAGUAGACCACGAUGUUGUACGACUGCUGCAUGAAGAGGAGCCAGUGUCCUGGGGAAGAGAUGAACUCGCUUCUAUCGUUGCCCUUGUCUACGGUCUGGCCAUUCAUUCCAAGCAUGCCCACGUCCGCACGAGGGCAUUGGAAGCGCUAGUCAACAUCUGGAGCGAUAUCAUUCAGGCACUCUACAUGCUUGACGAACACCACGAGUACAUGACACCGGGGCGAGGCCCGGCCGCGUAUGACAAAUUGUUGGGUCCCCUUGCCUAUCCUGUGCAAAAGUAUCGUACUCGUACUAUCUCUUGCAGUUAUGCAUGCCAAAUAUUGUUCUUCGUUCUUAAGGUAAAACAGCACGACAAAUUCCAGUUCGCACGCUGAGCGAAUUUGUAAAUGCAAUUCAUAUAAUUAGUGCGAUACUUUUGCAUUGCAUACUGUUCGAUUACUAGCGCUCAAACUUGCUGGGUUCGGGGACUAUGUGAAAAUUGCACCUGAGCUGUCCGCGCGGUCGCGGAUUUUUCC